AUGUCCUCAGACGUCCUGAGACUCAGACGUCCUCAGACUCAGAUGUCCUCAGACGUCCUGAGACUCAGACGUCCUCAGACUCAGACGUCCUCAGACUCAGAUGUCCUCAGACCUCCUGAGACUCAGACGUCCUCAGACUCAGAUGUCCUCAGACGUCCUGAGACUCAGACACUCAGACCUCCUGAGACUCAGACGUCCUCAGACUCAGAUGUCCUCAGACGUCCUGAGACUCAGACGUCCUCAGACUCAGACGUCCUGGGACUCAGACGUCCUCAGACUCAGACGUCCUGGGACUCAGACGUCCUGGGACUCAGACGUUCUAAGACUCAGACGUCCUCAGACUCAGACCUCCUGAGACUCAGACGUCCUCAGACUCAGAUGUCCUCAGACGUCCUGAGACUCAGACGUCCUCAGACUCAGAUGUCCUCAGACGUCCUCGGACUCAGACUCUGUCUGUCUGUCUGUCUGUCUGUCUGUCUCUCUGUCUGUCUGUCUGUCUGUCUGUCUGUCUGUCUGUCUGUCUGUCUGUCUGUCUGUCUCUGUCUCCAGUACCUGCGUAGCGAGUUGGACAGGUGUGGUGGAGGGUUUGACUGGUCUUCAGUGAGACAGGUGGACGCUGCCGGUCUGCUGAAGCUUUUCAUCAGAGAGCUGCCGACGCCUCUCCUGACCCGUUCACACCUGAACACCUACCGCUGUGUCCUCGGUGUGUCCUCGGAGCUCCACCAGGUUCAGGCUCUCCAGCUGCUCUCAAUGCUGCUACCUGCAGCCAACAGGGACACUCUGAGAGCGCUGCUGGUCUUCCUGCGUAAGGUGGUCUCUCAUCAGGACCAGAACAGGAUGUCUCUGUGGAACGUCUCCAUGGUGAUGGCGCCAAACCUGUUCACCUGCCGUCACCGUGGCAACAGGCGCUCCGUCGCUAAGCAACAGGAGGAGAUGGAGGAGGCGGUGGGCGGAGCUCACCUGGUCCGACUGAUGAUCACACACCAGGACCUGCUGUGGACCGUCCCCAGCUUCCUGUUGUCUCAGGUGAGACAGAUGAACCAGGCGUCCAAUCAGAAACAGUUCGGCCUGACCAAGGCCACGAGACGCCUGCUGAGGAGGAAGAACGACAAGAACGACAGAAACCAGAUCACGGAGUUGUGUGCAGGUGUGAUCAGGGUUCACGCCCCCCUGCACACCAAGGUUUCCAUGGCGAUACAGCUUGAUGGACAGAUGAGAGCCAAAGACGUCAUCACUAGGUUUGAGUGUGACAACAGCAGUUCUGUUCAGCAUCUGUAUGAAGUCGGAGGAAACAUCUGUGAGCGGCGUCUCCGUCCAGACUGUGUACUGUUGGACGUUUACAGAGUGAAUCCUCACUGUGAUUGGCUGAUCAAACCCUGACACUCAGACUGUCUCACCACCUGUCUCAUCACCUGUCUCAGCAGCUGUCUCAGCUGUUUGACAACCUGUCUCACCACUGAACACAGUGACCUCCGUGUGUUGUCAUGGUGACAUCACAUCCCAUCAUGAACAGCUGUUAAAGUUCUUUAUAAAACAGUGAUAAAUUUUGUUUUUGUAGAAACUGUA